GGACGGUGGGCGAAUGAAAGAAGCAAAGCACCUACCUGCCAUUUGCGACAAUUCCAGAGAAGAAGAAAAUAGUGAGAGAGUAGAGACUACUAGGCACAGACAGAUUAGUGAGAGAGAAAGUGUGUAAGGCUUCAAGCUUCAAUCGUUCAAUCUCUUGCCAUGGCUUGGUUGACGCGAUUCCUAGCAGCCGUGGCUUUCUUGGCCAUCGGAGUGAUAUUCUCCCCGGAGACCUUUGGAUCGAAAUCGGACGGUCUGAAAUCGCCCACCCUCUCCACCUACCUAAAGCUGGCUCAUCUGCUCUGCUUCUCCACCGCAUUCGGCGCCGCUCUCUGGGUCACCUUCAUCGGCGGCAUCAUCAUGUUCAAGAAUCUUCCGCGGCAUCAGUUCGGGAAUCUUCAGAGCAAGAUGUUUCCGGCUUAUUUCACCAUGGUUGGGAUAUGCCUUGCAGUAUCAGCUGGGUCGUUUGGGUAUUUGCAUCCGUGGAGCUCUUCCUCUGUUACCGACAAGUACCAGCUCGGCUUUUUGCUCUCUUCCUUUGCUUUCAAUCUCACCAAUCUCUUCGUCUUCACUCCCAUGACUAUCGAGAUGAUGAAGCAAAGGCAUAAGGUGGAGAGGGAGCAGAACAUUGGGGAAGAAGUUGGAGGGUCAAAGAAUGUGCAAGUUGCAAAGGUAAACCCAAAACUGGCAGCCAUGAAUAAGAAGUUUGGUAUGAUUCACGGACUGUCAUCUCUUGCCAACAUCUUGGCAUUUGGCAGCCUUGCUAUGCACUCGUGGUACUUGGCUGGUAAACUUGAUCUGUAAGAAAAUAAAACCCCAACUUCCCCUUCGCUAUGUUGGUUUUCUUCUCGGUUUCAGAAAGUAAAACACUUACGAUUCAUGUUGGAAGCAUAUUGUGUUGUGCCAUUGGCCAUCGGAGAUGUGAGUUUUCUAUCCAAGAUGAUAUAUAUGCUUUUGUUUUGGUAGGCAAUUUUUGUUUGUGGGAAUCUGAUCGGAAAUUUGUUCUGGCCGCCCACCGAUGGUGUGGCAUCUUUCAGUGAUGAAUAGAUGUUAUGGCCAUCGAAAAUGUGUUCUUGCUGCGUAUAGCAUCUUUUAGUGAUGAAUAAAUGUGACUGAGUCAAUGUAGCACUGAUUCCAAA